GCCUCGCCCGGCAGAUCUAAUGACCGCUCCUUCGCCGCCGCCAACACCAACGGAAAUCGUAAGAAACAUCUUUCGGGGGAGAGACCGGUGACAAAGCUGAGGCUGUCCAAGCCGCUGAUGUUACCCGAGGGUACGACAGUCUACGACGCGUCCCUGAAGAUGGCGAAGGUGCGGGUUGACGUGGUGCUGCUCACGGACACCCAAGGCCUGUUAUCUGGCACUGUCACCAAGAAGGAUAUAUCCACACAAGUGAUUGCAAAGGGAUUGCAGGUGGAGCAAACCACCAUGGCUCAUAUCAUGACAAGAAGUCCUACUUGCGUCAUCUCUGACUCAAUUGCUUUUGAGGCAUUGCAGAAGAUGGUUCGAGGUAAAUCGAGACGCUUCCCACUUGUGGAUAAUGGCAAGGUUAUUGGUAUGCUGGACAUUGCAAAAUGCCUUUAUGAUGCUAUUUUAAGAUUGGAGAUGGCUCUCGACAAAGAGAGUGCGAUCGCAGCUGCAGUAGAGGGGACUGAGCCUCAAUUGGGUCGCAACUUCAAAGCUCCAUAUGAUUCCGUAAGAACCUUGUUUGAGCGGAUUUGCAAACCUUCUCUGUCAACCAUUGUCACGGAGGACGCAAAGGUAGUAAUUGUUUCCCCUUCAGAUUCUGUGUAUGUGGCAACACAGAGAAUGCGUGAGUUUCAAGUUAAUUAUGUGCUUGUCACUACAGGUAAAGCAGUUCAGGGGAUCUUUAGUUCAAAUGAUGUUCUUAUGCGUGUUGUGUCGCAGAAUCUUUCCCCUGAAUUGACCCGAGUAGAAAAGGUGAUGGGACGAAACCCUGGCUAUUUUACGUUAGACAUGCCCAUUCUUGAUGCACUACAUGUAAUGCAUGGUUGCAGUUUCUUGCACUUUCCUGUUCGUGACGGAGAGCAAAUCGUUGCUUGCCUGGAUCUCCUGCAUCUUACCCAUGCAGUCAUUCAAUUGGUUGAAGGAGGCAAUGAGACUGCUAAUGAUGGUGCAAACGAACUAAUGCAGAUGUUCUGGGACUUUGCGCUUGGUUUGGAGCCUCGAGAUGACAAAGUUGAUAGCGAUAGUGAAGCAUCAGAAGAAGCAUCAGAAGAAGCUGGGGAUGGACGUAGCACGAAUUCCCCUAUUGUUGCUACUUCAUUUGACUUUAAGCUUCAAGACCAUACGGGACGUGUCCAUAGGUUCACUUUUGGCUCGGAGAGCUUAGACGGGCUUGUGUCUUGUGUAAGGCAAAGGUUGAGUAUUGAUGAAAAGGACGUCAUUCAACUCUUGUAUGAAGAUGAGGAGGGUGACCAGGUGAUGCUGACAAUGGAUACUGAUCUUGCUUGCGCCGUGCUCAGUGCCAGAUCAGUUGGGUUGAAAGUUCUCAAGUUGCAUAUUGAGGUCAAGUCAAAAACAGGGGUGUUUAAACCGUUAGAGGAGUCAAGACCUCGCAGUAUGAAUGUAUUGCUUUCUAAAAUUGGGUUCAUGGCUGGUGCAGUUGGUGGUGGUGCGGCAGUCAUGGCCUGUUUGAAACGAUCCAGGGAAUGA